AUGUGCAAACCAAUUUCAGAACCAGUCCAAGUCCUAUCAUCCUAUGAUGAAAGGCCUUUGGUCGACGAUCUACUUGACAAACAUGCCAAAGCAAUCGCCUCUGUUCGCGAGAACAUUCUUGCCGACGACGAAAGCAAGGCAAUCUAUGAAAAGGGCGACAAUACCAAGCGCUACGACGACAUUUGGAUCCUUCGAUAUGUCUUGAGUCACAAGGGUCAUGUCAAGUCGGCUUCCAAGGCUGCCAUGAAGACCAUAAAGUUUCGCGAAGAAUCCAAGCUGAACGAAGCUGGCGAUCUUCGCCAUCGCAUCAAGCAACAUGGGGUGAAAGACAGCGAAAUGAUGGCCAGCAUCGAGCCAUUACCAGGAUAUCAAUUAUACAACAAAUAUUGCGAGGAAAAUGCAAUAUGCACGACGCUGCCCGAUGAAAACCGGGGAAUUGUAGUUUACUAUGACAUGGGAAAGAUGGAUCAACAUGGUCUGGCCGAAGGCAUGGAUGCCGAACAAAUGAAGGAAAUGGUACUUUAUUCCAAUGAAGCCAUGUUUCAAGUGGUCGACGAAAUUACACGUACGACGGGUCGUUUGACCAAGGUCAUGAAGAUUGUGGACAUGUCGAGUACUGGCUUUCGCAAGAUGAACCGGGCUUUUCUCCAGCGCGAUGGCGCUAGUUCCAAAGCCUCAGAAGAUUACUAUCCGCAAUUGCUAGCUUGUAUCAUGGUAAUGAAUGGUCCCACCUGGCUCAGCACCUUUUGGUCGCUCCUUCGUCCUGUCAUCCCAAAGCGUGUGGCAGAGAAGGUAGACUUUUUGCCUUCCGUGGCCAAAAUGAAGGGCAACAAAACGACCUUGAAGUCCAUUUUGAAAUAUGUCUCUGAAGAGAACCUGCCAGAGAAAUAUGCUGGACUAAACAAGCAGUGGCCAUUGCCUUGUGUGUCGGAGCGCUAUGUCAUGUAG